CCCGUCUCUGGGUUUCGAACAGCUUCAACAAUUUUGAGAUAACUACAAUCAUACUGGAACGACUUGAACAACCGCUAAAGACUCGGUUUUCUAGUCGCGUUCAUGGAGUGAAGAAGUGCCCCGCGAUUACUAGUGAUUGAUUCUAAGCUCUUAUCCGGGCUUCCCUUGUUUCCGUUAUUCAGUUCCUUCCAACAACCCGCCAACCUUCCACCCCAACCUCACCUGCAAUGGGGGUAUCGCCUGUAAUUACAUGCUCACCCUCCGGAGUACAUUCAGCUACAGGUGGACCAGAUACUAAUGCCAAAAUACUUGCCAUGCGCAGCUCUGGGCGCGCGGAACAUCCAGCGUCACAACCAGCGUCACAACCAGCCUCCGCUGCUGAAGCCGGGGGCUAUCUCGCCGCGGUACCAGAGGCAGCCGAGCAAUUAAAUGUAGCUAUAAGCCGUAAAUACGUUAAGGAUAAAAAGCUUGGAGAAGGCACAUAUGCCAUCGUUUAUCUCGGACAUCUCCGACAUGAUCCCACCUCACUUGUUGCCAUCAAGAAAAUAAAAGUCAACACAGAAUACAAAGACGGGCUUUCCAUGGACGCUAUUCGAGAGGUGAAAUAUCUCCAGGAACUCUCGCACCCCAAUAUCAUUGCGCUUCACGACGUUUUCUCUUCUAAGGACCAGAAUCUCAAUCUCGUCCUCGAAUUCCUCCCGCUAGGAGAUCUAGAAAUGCUUAUCAAAGAUAGAAAUAUCCAGUAUGGUGCAGCAGACGUUAAAGCGUGGAUGGGGAUGCUAGCUCGGGGUGUCUGGUUCUGCCACGAAAGCUUCGUUCUGCAUCGUGACAUCAAGCCCAACAACCUCCUCAUCGCUUCGGACGGUGAAGUCAAACUAGCCGAUUUCGGUCUGGCGCGGUCAUUUGCGGACCCCUAUUUGAACAUGACUCAUCAAGUGAUCACCCGCUGGUACCGCCCGCUAGAGUUGUUGUACGGUGCGAGACAGUACUCGGGCGCAGUAGACAUCUGGUCAAUGGGAAUGGUGUUUGCUGAACUCCUCCUACGCGUCCCAUUUGCCGCAGGAAACACGGACAUGGACCAGAUCUCCAAAAUCAUCGGCGCCUUCGGAACCCCGACUGAGGAAAACUGGCCGGGUGUGACCAAACUUCCAAACUUUGUACCCAUUGAGGAAACCCAAAUCACCCCUUUACAGGGUCGUGAUUUCUUUAUACGACAGUUCCCUACAGCAGGGCCCUUAGGCGCCGACCUCCUCGCAUCGAUGUUGAAAUUGGAUCCACGAAAAAGAAGUACUGCGCGCCAAGUCUUGCAGCAUCCGUGGUGGGUGGCUGAGCCGCGGCCAACGCGAAAUGAGGACCUUCCGCGAAAGGCCGGCGGUGCGAAGAAGAUGGGGGACGACUUGGUAAGGCGGGGUGGGGAAGUUGAUGACACUCGAUUUAAGAAUGCAGCAAGGCAAUUGGAUUUUAGCGCGCCGAGAUGAAAUAAUAUUGUUUUACACAAGGGUAUUACUAUGCUACCCUCGGUCGCGGAUGGCUUUGCAUGAUGCGACCCAUAGCCCCGUUUAAUUCGGUUUUUGACGACAAUACCGAAGAGGUUGAUUGGCUUAGAUUGCUUCUAACAUAGUUUACAUUCUAGCCAAUAGAACAACAUACGCAGCAGACCAACCGCGCAAGCCCGACAUCCUGAACGCUGCCGGUGAAUGGUGUUAAUAGCCCCGUCACCAUCCCUGAACGAGAAAAGUUGUCGUCAAACACAACAUGGACCCCCGAUUUGAGAAGUCUUGUUAGCGUAUCUGAUGCCGUGACGGAAAAUUUCAAGCCACACAGGUUAGCCUCCAAGGAUAGGGCCAGCUGGACAUAUUCCCACUACUGUAACCAUCAUUAUUCCCGGGAAGGUAGAAGGGGCGAAAGCGGUGUCUUCCUAGCUACAUACCAACGUGGUCUCAGUAUCGGGCAUUGCAAAUGGGGCGGUAUUUUGGAACUGCUCGGAAACUGCUCGGUUCACUACAAAAGGAAGAGGAGGGGGGAUCUUAAUUGAGCUCCAGAGGACAAGGCAAAAAAGCAAAAAGGCAUUCCGGGCGGCAUUCCGAGCCAGCCUUUGGAACUGACAGAAAGGAAAAGUUUUUGGAACAUAACUACUCAGGAUAUACAAGUGGUUAGCAUACAUAUUCGUUUGCAAGCACACUACAGCAAAGAGGACCUCGCGACUUUGUCCGAUUUCCCUGAUAAUAAAAGUUACGAAAUAGGAUUAUAAUUUUCCACCAGCGGGAGUACCUUAGCGAAGAAACUCGCGCUCACACGACACACGGUCAUAUCAAGUUCCAGGCGCUGUGCGGGUUAUUACAUAGUACACGCACAUCGUGCGAAGUCGGUAUGGAUUGGCCUGUGAAGGGGGUCAAGGGGGUGGCUUUGCCCCACCAGCCACACGUACUAGUUAGUUAUUAGUUAACUAGCUAAUAAAUAAGUUAGUAGAAUUGAGUGAGUUCGUGGGCGCUCUCCUGUGUUGUUCAUGAUUCAUCCAGACUCCGUCAGAUCUCGGGAUGGUUUACGGUUUUUUCCCAAGUUCGACAGCAAGAUCCAGCCGUUUCGUAUCCACUUCCCAUUCUGCAGCAGUCCAGUCCCAUUAUUGUAUCAUUUGUAUCAUUCUGCAUAGAAUCCUCCACCAACCAGACAUUCUCUCUGCAUUGGCGGGGGCGUCGAGAGACAGUUGCGGCUGAGGUGAACCUUGGAAGUUCAGGGCUUUGAGAUUGACUCUGAUCUGCGGAGUAUCCCCCGUUUUCUGUGCUUCUGUGUAACUAAUAAGUUAUUAUUUAAUGUUAUAUGAAUGAGCCUGCGCCUGGAUCUUCC